AACCAUAGCUUCGUUUUGUGCCAAAAUCUUCAGUAACGUUUUCUCAGGAAUGUUUGCUGAAUCUGUGAUUAGUUUCUCUCAGUUGAUCGCUAAAACCGUCAUUAUCGUCUCCCUCUCCCUCUUCUCUAUUCGUCUCUUCCUAAGACUCGCUUCCUUCCUCGUGAGUCGCCCUUGGCGACGCUACCGUACAUUCACCGUUCGCCACCGCCGGAGAUGGUGGAAGAAGACGGCGCAACCGUACUGUCCCAUUUGUCUCCAAGACGCGGCGGAGGGAGAGAAGAUGAGGCGGUUAACGGCGUGCGGCCACUGUUUCCACGUCGAGUGCAUCGAUCCUUGGCUGGAGAAACAGUCCACGUGUCCUCAGUGCAGAGCUCAGAUCCCGCCAAGGCCGCCGGAGUAUCCUCUGGUUGCAUUAUUUGUCUCUCCCGGCGUGAUAGAGUUGUUCACCAAGGAACUUUAGCUCUUUCGCUAUCAUUAUACUUUAUAAUUAACUAAGACUUAAACUAAGUUUAAAUACAGAAGUACGUGAUUACGUAAUCUGUAACCAAUGUAAUCUCUGUACGUACUUGUCGCAUUCAUAAAAGAAAAAAACAAAAGUUCU